GUGGCCAGAGAUUGUGGAAUUAAUGUACCACUAUUUACAAAUGAUCCAAUGGAAUUAGGUUCUUUUAUUAGUAAACCUUCUUCUAAUUUCUUUAAUCGUGGAAGUUUUGGUUUGGAUCUUUACGGAUUUGACAAAUACUUUGAACAAGAUCCAAAAAAAUGGAAACCUUGGAACCCAAAAGAUGUAUCAAGCUCUUUAGAUGGAAUUGAGAAAAAAACACGUAGUUUUG